AUGACCAUGCAACUCAUGGUAGUUACAGUAUUGUCCUUGGUCAUGAUUUGUAUUCAUGCCAGUGCACACAUCAGCAGUGCUGAACUCCCUUUAAUAAGCAAGGAUUGCGAGAGCAGUUAUGUAGAGACAGCUUUGAAAGUGUUAGGGAAGCUAGAUGUGAUUGAAAUAGAUGAUGGUGCUGCAGAUAUAAUUUCUGUCGACACAGAGGCACUGGGAGUGGGAGCUGUUGUGGACUGCUGGACAACAGAUGAUGUGGUGCCAGCUGCUGGCAGCACUGAAGGAUCAGGGUCUUCACUGGAGACUGUAUACCAAACCUUUUUCCAUUAG